AUGUCACGCUUAUCUUGCAAUGAAUGCUAUAAAUAAAGUUUCCAUUGUGGUCAUCAAAAAGAUUAAGAUUUAAUUUCUUAUUUACCGAGUUUCAUUCAAGAUAUAUCAACUUAAUGUGAAAAGGAUAUAAUUAAGACUCUUGGGGAUUUAGGAGAUAAAAUAGCAUUUCUUUUUUUUUCAAUAAAAGAUAACAUUAGGGCCUAAUUUUAAAUAUCCUAAUCAAGAUUGUAGAUUCUAAAUAGCAAUUAAAUAAAUUAAAUGCUAGGCUAACUAGUGGAAUUAAGCAAUGUUAAAAAAGAUCUGACAGAAAUAGAAGUUAUAACCCAAAAUCUAGAAGAUACUUUAAACUAAAAAUUAAUAAACCUUGCAUCUAAAGAAACUACUUAUUAAAAACCAUCUUGCUAAUAGUCUGCUGAAUCAACAAACUAUUUCAUUGAAGGUUUGACUUUAUUUACAAAAGGAGAUUACCAAUAAGCCUUAAGUUCUUUUAAUACUUCUUUAAGGUGCAAUCCAAAUAAUAUAGAUGUAAUGUUAUGGAAAGGUAACAACUAAAAUUAGUUAGGUGAAUGUUUAUUUUCUACAAACUAAUUCAAUGAUGCUCUUAUGCAGUUUAAAUAAGUUUGGAAAUUAGAUUCGACUAAUAGUAAAUCCUUGUAUGGAAUAGGAAAUUCCUUAUAUAAGUUAUAAUAAUAUAAAGAAUCGAUUGAUUGGCUUGAUUAGGCGUUAAAUUAUAAUCCUUAAAAUUUCUAGAUAUUAUCAAAGAAAGGCGACUGUUUAAAGUAAUUGGAAAAAUAUUAAGAAGCUAUUACUUUCUAUGACAAAGCCUUAUAUGAGAAACCAGAUGAAUUUUGGAUAUUAUAAUCAAAAGGGUCAUGUUUAAUAAUGUAAGAAAAAUAUAGGAUGAUAUAAUCUCUUCAGUAGUUUCAAGAAGCUUAUUUGUUAUGA